GUGGAGUAUGUCUUCACGGACAAAACAGGGACCCUGACAGAGAACAGCAUGGAGUUCAUUGAGUGCUGCAUAGACGGGCAUAAGUACAAAGACUGCAUUUCGGAGGUGGAUGGCUUUUCUCAGACUGAUGGACCUCUAAAAUAUUAUGGCAAAGCAGAAAAGAGCCGUGAGGAGCUGUUCCUGCGAGCCCUCUGUCUGUGCCACACCGUUCAGAUCAAGGAAGCAGACCAGGUGGAUGGACUGAUAGGACAUCCAGAACGCAAAUACACCUAUAUCUCCUCUUCGCCAGAUGAAAUUGCUUUGGUGAAAGGUGCAGAAAAGUAUGGUUUCACUUUUCUAGGACUUGAAAACGAUUUCAUGAAAGUACGAAACCAAAAGAAUGAAACUGAAAUGUACCAACUUCUCCAUGUGUUGAACUUUGAUCCUGUGCGUCGCCGUAUGAGUGUCAUUGUGAGGACCACCACUGGAAAGUUGCUUCUCUUCUGCAAAGGAGCAGACUCCUCUGUUUUUCCAAGGGUGCAGCAAGAAGAAAUUCAACAAACAAAAGUCCACGUGGACCGCAACGCUAUGGAUGGCUACCGAACGCUCUGCGUGGCAUUCAAAGAACUAACUCAAAAGGAGUAUGACAAAAUUGACAGACAACUUAGUGAAGCUAAGAUGGCUCUGCAGGACAGGGAGGAAAAGAUGGCGAGGGUUUUUGAAGACACAGAAGCAGACAUGCACUUGAUUGGGGCUACUGCCGUAGAAGACAGGCUGCAGGAACAGUCAGCAGAGACAAUUGAAGCUCUACACACAGCUGGCAUGAAGGUUUGGGUGCUGACGGGAGACAAGAUGGAAACUGCCAAAUCCACCUGCUAUGCCUGCAGGCUUUUCCAGACCAGCACCGAGCUGCUGGAGCUGACAGCAAGAACGGUGGGGGAGAGUGAAAGAAAGGAGGAUCGGCUCCAUGAACUGCUAAUGGAGUACCAUAAAAAACUGAUUCAGGACAUUCCCAAAAACCGGGGAGUCCUAAAGAGAAGCUGGACAUUGAGUCAAGAAUAUGGCCUGAUCAUAGAUGGCUCAACACUGUCACUGAUACUCAACCCUUCUCAGGACUCGAGUUCUAGUAAUUACAAAAACAUAUUUCUACAAAUCUGCUUGAAGUGUACUGCAGUCCUCUGCUGCCGGAUGGCUCCCUUGCAGAAAGCACAGAUUGUGCGAAUGGUAAAGAACACAAAAGGGAGCCCUAUAACACUCUCUAUAGGAGAUGGUGCAAAUGAUGUUAGUAUGAUUCUGGAAGCACACGUUGGAAUAGGCAUAAAAGGCAAAGAAGGGCGACAGGCUUCCAGAAACAGCGAUUACGCUGUGCCAAAGUUUAAACAUUUAAGAAAAUUGCUACUAGCGCAUGGGCAUUUAUAUUAUGUGAGAAUAGCACACCUUGUACAGUAUUUCUUCUAUAAGAACCUUUGCUUCAUUUUACCGCAGUUUUUAUACCAGUUCUUCUGUGGAUUCUCACAGCAGCCGCUGUAUGAUGCUGCUUAUCUUACCAUGUACAAUAUCUGCUUCACAUCACUACCUAUCCUGGCGUACAGCCUCCUGGAGCAGCAUAUCAACAUCGACACGCUGACCUCGGAUCCACAGCUGUAUAUGAAGGUUUCAGAUAAUGCGAUGCUGCAGUGGAGGCCGUUCCUGUACUGGACCUUUCUGGGCACCUUUGAAGGACUUGUGUUUUUCUUUGGGGUUUAUUUUCUUUUUCAAAAUUCAUCAUUGGAAGAUAACGGAAAGGUUUUUGGGAACUGGACUUUUGGGACGAUUGUUUUCACCGUGCUGGUGUUCACCGUCACUCUGAAGCUGGCAUUAGAUACCCGAUUCUGGACAUGGAUGAACCACUUUGUGAUUUGGGGCUCCCUUGCCUUCUAUGUGUUUUUCUCAUUCUUUUGGGGAGGAGUCAUUUGGCCUUUCUUGAAGCAGCAAAGAAUGUAUUUUGUAUUUGCCCAUAUGCUGACUUCUGUUUCCACAUGGCUGGCAAUAAUUCUCCUGAUCUUUAUCAGCCUUUUCCCAGAAAUUCUUCUAAUAGUUUUAAAAAAUAUUAAAGAGAAAAAUCGUCAGACUGGCCCCUUUGAUCUGCCUAUGUUAGUCUCAUACAAACAUAUAGAAAACGGUUAUGUGAAGACUGAAGAUGCUGUUACUAAUGUGGCAGAAAGAUAUCCUCUCAGGAUACUUUAAAGUGCUUCAUACAAACACUGCAUCUUGUCAUGCUGUAGGAAAAAAACAUGGGUCUAACCUACCAGUUCUCUUUAAAAUCACCAA